GAAUUCUGGCUCCUGCAGCUAUGGACUUGGCGAAAUCACUGAACCAAUCCAGGGUCAACUCUUCUACUCCAGGCUCUUCUUUAUCUCCAUCCAUGUCUGACUCUUCAAACACCUUCUCCUCCUCCUGCUGCAACUCUUCUCACCCCGUCUUCUCCACCUCCCCGUUCUCUGCCCCUUCCUUUUCUGGCCUGGAACUCCUGUCCGACCUGAAGCCCAUCUUCAUUCCUCUCUACUCUGUCGUGGUGCUGGUCGCCUGCUCCAGCAACCUCCUCCUGCUCUUUCUUAUCUGGUACAACAAGAAAAGACACAACACCACGAACUUCCUCAUCAGCAAUCUGGCACUGGUCGACCUGGUCAUGUGCAUUUUCUGCAUCCCUGUGACUGCAUCUUAUGCUUUUGACCAACGUGGCUGGGUGUUUGGUCCCCACAUGUGUCAUUUUGUCACUGUCAUGCAGUCUGCAGCUGUCUACGCAGCGGUCCUGUCCCUCAUGGCCAUCGCGGUGGAUAGAUAUGUGGUUGUGGCUUAUCCUAUUCGCAAAAGAGCAGGGUGCCAGUUCUGCUGGGGUCUGGUGGUCCUGAUCUGGCUGUCCUCUCUGGCUUUAUCUACACCUACAGCACUUCACACCGUCCACCUUGACCUGCGUGCUGCGGGGCUGCAGAUGACAGUGUGUGAGGAGUUCUGGGAUGGCCAGGAGCGAGGCCGCCUCAUCUACUCCUGUUUCAUUCUAUUCUUCUCCUACUUUCUUCCACUGGCUGCUGUCUCCAUUUCCUACUGUGCUAUAACCCAUCAUCUGAAGCAGAGGACCAUGUCAGGCUUGACGGCGUUUGAAGAGUUGAGAUCUGCGAGGGCUGCAUGGAGCAGACGGAGGAGGAAGACCUUCUACCUGCUGCUGGUGUCUGUCCUUUGUUUUGCCUUCUCGUGGCUUCCCUUACAGGUGGUGAAUCUGAUCCGUGACCUGGACACAGACUUCUCUAUCUUAGGGAAGAAUUACGUGAACAUCAUCCAGGUGUCAACUCACCUGCUCGCCAUGAGCUCCGCCUGCUACAACCCUUUUAUUUACGCCUCAUUGCAUGACAAGUUCCUGUCCUACCUGUGCCGCAACUUCCUGUCCCGAAGGAGAAGAAAAGGAAAGGACGGGGGUCAAUUGUCAAGCAUCCUGACAAUGUCACACAGAGUGCAACGCUUUCCCACCUCCACGACUAUGGCAGAUUGAUGAGGUGCUGUUGUAAAUAACGGCAUACCUCAAGACAACUACGCUUUACAUGUUGUUUUGGUUGAAUACUCACAAGAAUGAUGUCCGCUAGUGUAUUCCAGGGUUUCUUCUCCACUCCAGUUUUAAUCUGAAUAUUGUCAGUCUUCAUACUGACAGGCAAAUUGACUAGGCUAUAAAGAAAUUCCAUUUACAGCACACCGAAACUUAGUUAACGCUUUCAUAAAGUAGCCACGGUUUGUACAGCAUAGCAGUCACAAACAAAUACAGUCGCCGUCUCUUUGACUGAAUUUCUACAGAUGUAAAAAUGUUAGCCUGUUUUCAAUUGAAAGAUAUACAGUAUGAGUGUAAUGAUUAAUAUUUUAACAAAUGUAUAGGCUACUGAAAGUCUAUUUAGAUCUGAAAAUAUGCCAUUGUGGUUUUAAAAAUGUAUUUUAAACAG